AAGUCAGUCAAGUGUCCCUAAAAUUCCACAUCUAUAAUGACUUUCCAACCACAAGAGUAAGAGAUAUGAUUCAGUUGGUCUUGCAUGAAUGGCACCUAUCGUAAUCGUACUCUUGCUAUAUAUACAUAGCUUAACAAAGAAGCGAGAUAUGAACCCUAAUUAUAAUUCAGGUUUGCUUUCUUUAAUUAAUCAAUGGAUAGCAAUAAUAUACUUUGGAAGAAGCAAUAUGUGUUUGCAAUGAUGUUGAGCACAUUAUGCAUGAUAUCCAGUUGUUGCGACGUGAGAGAUAAAGAAAUCCUGUUGAAGUUCAAAGAAGGAGUCACUGACCCAUCGGGACUCCUAUCUUCAUGGAAGCAGGAGCAGGAUUGCUGCCAGUGGAAGGGAGUCAGAUGCCACAACAUCACUGCCAGAGUCAUAAAUCUCACUCUCUCGUGUGAUUAUUAUGAUCCUGUAGAACUUGUAGAACAUGAUGAUUAUUAUUUGCAGAAAUGCCUUACAGGUGACAUCAAUCUCUCUCUAUUGGAUAUGGAAUACUUACAAUCUUUGGAUUUGAGUUUCAAUGACUUUACAACUAUCUCAUCUGAUUCCACUCUCAACUCUUCAACUCUCAAUUACAUUGAUCUAUCAUACAACAGAUACCUUUCUAUCAAGAGUCUUGAGUGGCUCUCUCGCAUUCCCUCCUUGGAAUACAUAGACCUCAGUAACAUUGAUCUUCACAUGCAAACUAACUGGCUUCACUUUGUGACGGUGCUUCCAUCAUUGGUGGAGCUCCACUUAGAGGGCUGUAACCUUGAAAGCAUAAGUCCAUCUCUAGGCUAUGCUAAUUUUAGCGCAUCACUCCAGGUUAUUGUUCUUUCCGGUAAUUCUUUUCACUCGGAGUUGCCUAAAUGGAUAUUCAAUCUUAGUUCUCAGGUCCAUCAGAUUGACCUUUCAAGUAAUCAUUUUAUGGGUCAGCUACCAAAUACGUUGCCAAAUCUUCAUUCUUUGAUUAGCCUUCAAUUGCAUGAUAAUUACUUAAAUGGCUCAAUUCCAGAUUGGAUAGGCCAACUUCACUAUCUCACCACAUUUGAAAUUGAUAACAACCAUUUUUCUGGAUUUUUUCCUACAAAUUUGGGAAAUUUGUCAUCCCUAGACACCUUGGCGGCAUUCGGAAAUCUCUUCACAGGGGUUGUGUCUGAAAGAAAUUUUGCAAAACUGAAAAAUUUGAAAUUCUUGUCUUUGGAAUCACCAUACAUCACCUUUGAUUUUGAUCCCCUCUGGAUACCACCUUUCCAACUUGACAAGCUGUACAUUGGACCACUGCACCCUACACUUCCUCAAUGGUUAUAUACACAGACAUCUCUCUAUUCUCUCAUCAUUGAAAACUCAGAGUUCUUGCUUGAAGCUGCUGACAAUAACAAGAAGUUUUGGAGAUUUACAUCCACAAUUCAGCAUCUAGAUUUCUACAACACCACAAUAGAAGGGGACUUGUCAGAAGUGGUGCUGAAUUCCAGCAUCAUAGAGCUGACAUCAAAUAAUUUCAAAGGUGGUCUACCUCGACUUUCAUCCAAUGUUGUUUUCUUCCAACUAUACAACAGUUCUCUAUCAGGGUCCAUCUCUCAUCUUUUGUGCCACAGCAAGAAAAGCAACAAGAAAUUGCAGUACUUGGACAUCUCUGAUAAUAAUUUAUCUGGAGGGCUAACAGACUGUUGGAUGAAUUGGAAGUCGCUGGUUUAUGUUAAUCUGGGAGGCAACAAUCUUAGUGGCAGCAUACCCCCUUCAAUGGCUUUAUUGUCGAAUCUCACAUCACUGCAUCUGCAUGAAAAUAAUUUGUCUGGGGACAUAUCUUCUUCAUCACUUCAGUAUUGCCGCUCCCUGUCCAUUCUUAAUGUCCGCCAGAAUAGCUUCUCUGGAAACAUACCAAAGUGGAUGCCGCAGAGUAUAAGGAUUCUCCAGUUAAGGUCCAACCAAUUCAUUGGUAACAUUCCCACACAGAUAUGUCAAAUGCCUUUCCUCAUUGUUUUGGAUAUUGCAUAUAACAAAAUCUCAGGACAUAUACCCAAAUGUCUAAACAACAUCACAUCCUUUGUUAACAUGCAUUAUUCAACCAGUUGGAUUUUCUAUGAAUUCUUUGAUGGAAAGGCUUUCUUUAUAUACAUUGACGACCUUAUAUUGCUUGUAAAAGGUCAACAAUCGAAUUAUUAUAAAAACCUGAAGCUGAUGCGCAUGGUUGAUCUUUCAAGUAAUAAUCUGACAGGAACAAUGUCUCCACAACUGUUCAGCCUCCCUCAGUUGCAUUUCUUGAACCUAUCCCAUAACAGGCUAACAGGAACCAUACCAAAAGAGAUUGGAAACAUGACACAACUGGAGUCUCUUGAUUUAUCCAAAAAUGAACUCACGGGACAGAUUCCUGAGAGUAUAUCCAGUUUGUCUUUCCUCGAUAACUUGAACCUGUCAUUCAAUAACUUGAGCGGCCAAAUCCCAUCAGGGACCCAACUUCAGAGCUUCAGUGAGCUUAGCUAUAUUGGGAAUGCUGAUCUUUGUGGACCUCCCCUUCCCAAAAACUGCUCAAAUCAUGGCAAUGACACAAAAGCUUUGGGUGAGAAUGAUGAUGAUGGUGAUGAAUCAGAUUUUCUGAGCAGCCUCUAUGUGGGCUUAGGAGUUGGCUUUGCUGUAGGCUUUUGGGGAGUUUGUGGUGCCAUUUUCUUCAGUUGCAAGUGCAGACAUGCUGCUUACUUCAGAUUUCUGUAUGACUUGAGAGACCGAUUUUAUGUCCUGCUGCUCACAAAUCUCAACUCCUUUCACUGAUAUCCAAUUCUCUGCAGGUUCUUUUGAGAAAACAUAAUACAUCAAGAUCUCAUCAGCUGCACUUACCAAAAAGAUCCAGGAGACUUGUGCUAUUUUAGCAUGUAUCAAGUGUAUUGUCAGUAUCACUAGUUUAUUAAUGUAUCCCAAUGUCACUUUUAUAUCAUAAGGAGAAAGUAGCGUAGAUAUAGUUUCUUAGUUUGGAUGUGAUGCAUUAAUAACUAGGAUUUAUUUCUAGUGUGCUUGUUCUACAUAGAGUCAUAGACAUGCCAAGUGAAGAUGUUUUCUUACAAAUAGUUUGUGCUUUGCCAUAAGCUACUACUGUGUGUACUAGAUAAUAACUAAUAAGGAAAUAAAGGGUUAAUAUUGUUUGAAUGUAUGUAUAAUAAAUUAUUAAUUCA